AUGCCCUCCGCUCUGGUCACAGGCGCCACGGGCCUGCUGGGCCGACAAGUCUACAAGGCUUUCACCGACGCCGGCUGGCAGACGACAGGGACAGGCUUCAGUCGGGCGUCGGGGCCGAUUCGCAAGCUGGACAUCCAGGACGAAGAGGCUGUUCGGCAGCUGGUAGAUGAGGUCAAACCUCAAGUCAUCGUCCACUGCGCCGCAGAUAGACAGCCGGACUCAUGCACCAAGAACCCCGAAGCGGCGCACCGGCUGAACGUGACGGCGACGGCGCACCUGGCCCAGCUCGCCGCCGAACACGGCUCGUUCCUCAUCUACAUCUCGACAGACUACGUGUUCCCCGGCGUGGCGGGCCACGCUCCCUACAAAGCGACCGACAAGCCCCAGCCGACCAAUGUUUACGGCCAGACGAAACUGGACGGCGAAAAGGCCGUGCUGGCAGCAUAUCCAUCCCCGCACUCCUCAGUCGUCCUGCGCGUGCCCGUGCUGUAUGGACCGGCGGAACAGAACAAAGAGAGCGCGGUCAACAUCCUAAUGGAUGCCUUGUAUAAAUCCCAGACCGAGAAGGUCAAAAUGGACGAUUGGGCCAUCCGCUACCCGACCAACGUGGAGGACGUGGCCAGGGUGUGUGUCGACAUUGCGAAAUACUACACUGCCGCGGCCGCCGCCGCCACCACUAAACAAGAGGGCCUUCCGCGCAUCCUGCACAUCACCAGUGAAGACCGCAUGACCAAGUACGAAAUCUGCAAGGUCUUUGCCGACAUCAUGGGCCUGCCGAUCGAUGGCGUCGUGCCCGACAAAGAUGGCGGCAAGCCCGGCCCCGAUGGCACGCUCAGACCCUACGAUACUCAUCUCGACACGAGCGACCUGAAGAAGCUGGGCAUUGAUGUUGCCACUGUGGACUUUGUCGCGUGGUGGCGGAGAAGGAUGGGGGCAUUUCGACAUUGA